GUAAUACAAAAUUCUCUGGAAUGAAUGGGCUUGAAGAAAUUGGGACGAAUCCCGAAUUACCAUUCAUUGAAGUAGAUGUUAUUGCAGCUGCAACGGAUAACUUCUCUCCCAAUAACAAGCUUGGAGAAGGAGGUUUUGGUCCUGUCUAUAAGGGUCGGUUGUUCAACGGGAAGGAGAUAGCUGUUAAAAGACUAUCCAAGAACUCAGGGCAAGGAAUGGAAGAGUUUAAAACUGAAGUUCUAUUGAUUGCCAAACUCCAACAUAGAAAUUUGGUUAAGCUCCUUGCUUGUAGCCUCGAGGAAGAAGAAAAGAUGUUAAUCUAUGAGUACAUGCCCAACAAAAGCUUGGACUCUUUCAUUUUUGAUAAAAUUAAGAGUGCAUUACUUGAUUGGAGAAAACGAUUUGAAAUCAUAGUUGGAAUUGCUCGAGGUGUCCUCUAUCUUCACCAAGACUCCAGGUUGAGAAUCAUUCAUAGAGAUUUGAAAGCUAGCAAUGUCUUGUUAGAUGAAGAAAUGAACCCCAAAAUUUCAGAUUUUGGUACGGCAAGAAUGUUUGGAAGAAACCAAAGUCAAGCAAAUACAACCAAAGUGGUUGGGACAUAUGGUUAUAUGUCACCAGAGUACGCCAUGCAAGGGCUUUUCUCAAUAAAGUCAGACGUAUUUAGCUUUGGGGUAUUAUUAUUAGAGAUCAUUAGCGGAAAGAAGAAUUGUGUACGAUAUUCUCAUGAACAUCGUUCAACGAAUUUAAUAGAACAUGUAUGGGACUCAUGGAAAGACGGUCAAGCACUAGAAAUAGUUGAUUCAUCAAUGAGGGACUCGUACCCUACUCAUGAAAUUUCGAGGUGCAUCCAAGUUGGGUUGUUGUGUGUACAAGAAAGUGCAUCAGAUAGGCCAGCCAUGUCAAGUGUUAUUUUCAUGUUGGAGAAUGAAACAAAGAUGCCUACGCCUAACCAACCUGGUCUCAUUACAAGGAGAACCUUCAAUGGCCAGGAUUCAUCUCCCUCUAUAAAUGAAGUGACGAUCUCUAUGCUAGAUCCUCGAUAGAAAGGGCAAUUAUUUUGCUUUAUAAAUUGAUGGGUUGUAUUGCGUAGUUAUCAAUUGUCUUGCUCAGUUCUUUGAGAGUGGAUUAGGUUCACAUACGAGAACAUACGAGAACGACCUUGGUCUAUGGAUAUAGAAUCAAUUUUCUCUCUC